AUGGCUGCCACCGAUCCUAUUCACUCAUGGAUGUAUUUCCUACAACGGGAUCCCAAAUUUGAGACUGAACGCGUCUACGAACUUAGACGGCAGAAGCCUACAAAGAAGAUCCCCCAGACCAACAUGCUGCUCGAAAAGGUGGACAACAUCGCCAUUCAUGAUGUCCGUCCUCGACUCGAACAGUGCUCUUUCGGCACUACUGGAUUCUUCCUCCUGGAUAUGGACACAGGAUUGGUUGCAGAAGACUUUGAUCAUCGCGAGAAGGUGAUAAAGUGCUUCCUUCCUCAGUUGGCAGCUGAAGUCAAAGACAGGCUCAAUGCCAGCAGGGUGCAGAUCUUUGACUACCAGCUUCGAAAGCGGAACCGAGACUUCCCGAUCAGCAAUGGAGAGGUGUAUGAGUAUAGACAGCCUUCCUGUCUUGCUCAUGUUGGUGCGUCCCCUCCCCCUUCCCCCUCCCACUCCCCCAACCAGCCGUGGUGUGAAACUGAUAUAGUCACGUAG